UUUCAGAUGUUCAAUAUUAUGUCGAAGUCACGAGUUUCGAUUGCACUCAGGUUAAUCGCGAAUUGCAAGAAACCGCAUUCCACAUUGCCGUGCGCUACGAAGAUCGUUCAUAGGACGGAAGUCGUCCUAAAUUCAACCGGAUUGUAUUCGCGUACGCAGCAACAGUAUUCAACAAUGAGUGAUAUAGAUAAAACUUUGUAUACAUUGCCAAAUGAUCAACCUGUUGUCGCUCUGGAAUGCGACACUGCCUUCAAAUCUUUGACGCAAAAAGAAAAAUUGUACUCUCAUUACUUGAGCCAAGCGGCAUGGAACGGAGGAUUGAUAGUAUUAAUACAAACAUCGCCGGAAUCUCCACUGAUAUUUGCACUAUUGCAAAAAAUAUUUCUCUCAGAAUCUCUCGAAGACUUGGAAAACUCCUCAGUACGCGCUGGUGUUACUCAGGAGCAAUUUACGGCUUUCCUAGUUUACAGUUCUGGGAUUCUUGCAAAUGCAGGCAACUAUAAGGCCAUGGGUGAUACUAAAAUUAUCCCCAAUAUUCCGAAAGGUUUAUUUGAGGCAAUAAUAAAAUCUUCAAAAGCUUACAAGACUAAUUCUAAGGAGAUGCAAGAUCUAUGGAAUAAAAUAUCAGAACCCAUGUUUUCCUUAAAGGGUAAAUUAAAAUCACUGGGAUUGGGUGACAAAGGUAUCACAACUUAUUUCUCUGCAAACUGUACUGGAGAAGAUGCUGACAAAGUCAAUGCGUUCAUGCAACAUAAAGGAUUAGAAUCCUGUAACGCAAGAUGCUUCAAGACAGUAGUGAAAGAUCCUGCGAGUAACGAUAAUAUUAAUAUGUAUGAAAUCAAACUAGCAUCAGUAGAGACGUCAGAUAAUCCUAAAGUGACACUGCCCGAGGAAACAUUCGAAAAUGCCAAGUUUAAAAUUACCAGAGGAGAUUACAGCAAACUCUUGGUGCCUGUUGUGGAAAACCUCCAGAAAGCUAAGGAGCACGCGUCGAACCAGAUUGAAAAAGAUAUGUUGGAAAAAUACAUCGAACAUUUCACAACAGGAUCUUUAGACGAUCAUAAAGACGGUUCUCGUCUUUGGAUAAAGGACAAAGGACCAUCUAUUGAGUCCUAUAUCGGCUUCAUCGAGACGUAUCGAGACCCCGCGGGUCAACGAGGAGAAUUUGAAGGCUUCGUAGCGAUGGUGAACAGACAAAUGUCUGAAAAAUUCGCUACACUAGUUAACAGAGCCGAGGAAUUCAUUCCCAAGCUGCCAUGGAACAAGGAUUUCGAGAAGGACACAUUUUUGAGACCAGAUUUUACCUCCUUAGAUGUUCUAACGUUCGCAGGUUCCAGUAUUCCGUCGGGAAUAAACAUUCCAAAUUACGACGAGAUUAGACAGUCCGAAGGUUUUAAAAAUGUAUCGUUAGGAAACGUUAUACCUGCCAAUUUGAAGGAUGUUCGUACGAUUCCAUUUUUAUCUGACGCUGAUCAGGCGUUGAUGCAUGAGUAUAGGAUAGCUAGUUUUGAGGUGCAAGUUGGUCUCCACGAGCUUCUCGGUCACGGUACCGGUAAAUUAUUUAAACAGACGGGACCGGAUACGUACAACUUCGAUCGUGGCACUGUGAUAAAUCCUCUUACCGGUGGUAAAAUAGACAAAUUCUUUUUGAAAGGAGAGACUUACGAUUCUAAAUUCGGCUCUCUGGGAUCCACAUACGAGGAAUGCAGGGCGGAGGCAGUCGGUCUUUACUUGAGCUUGGAGAAAGAAACGAUGAAAAUAUUCGAUCAUGAGGGACAGGAAGCGGAGGAUAUAAUCUAUGUAAACUGGUUAUCUCUGCUAUGGAAUGGUUUUGCAAAGGCUUUCGAGAUGUAUCAACCGUCCACGCAAACGUGGUCUCAAGCUCACUCUCAAGCGCGUUACGUUCUGCUCAGAGUGUGCCUGGAGGCGGGCCAGGAUUUCGUUAAUGUUGUUGAAACUGAGGAAGGAACUAACCUCCGUAUGACUGUCGAUCGAAGCAAAAUCUUUACGGUCGGCAAGAAAGCUGUUGGAGAUUUUCUCCUGAAGCUGCAAGUUUAUAAGAGUAUGGGAGAUUUUGAGUCGGCUAAGAAAAUGUACGACAGAUACAGCGAGGUACCUGAAAACGGACCAUAUCCAUGGGGUCGUUGGAGAGACUUAAUCCUGUCUCGCAAAGAACCAAGGAAGAUCUUUGUUCAAUCAAAUACAUUUAUUGACGGCUCUGAUUCUAAUAACGUGAUACUGAAAAACUACGAGCCGUCGUUCGCGGGGCUUAUUCAAUCAUGGAUAGAGAGAUUCCCAAGUUUAGACGUAUCUGAAACGUUGAUAGAACUCUGGGAAAAAGACAAACAACAUUUUGAGUCGGAAUAUUACUAAAAUAUUUGUCUAAACGACUAAAUCGUUAAAAAUUUCAUGUAACUUUUUCGUGUCUGGCUAUUUACCAGAACAGCAGAUGUUACAUGUUCAGAAAUAUUACUUUUUUACGCUUUAUUUUUUACACAAAGUAGCAAUGGUCGCGUUUAACAGAAGUUGCUUCUUUUAUUAUAGUUUCCGAUUCUUAUUACGGAUUUUAAUACGACCAGUGAAAAAAAUCAACGAAAAAAUGUGUAAGUCGAAUAAACGUUUUAAGUUACUACAAAUAUUUGUUAGGAGCGAUCACAAUAGGUUUGUUAAAACUUCCAAAAAGUUUUUUUGUUCGUACUGUUACGUUGCAGCUCUGCAGAAGUCAAUGUUUAGUAAGCGCUUUGAGAUUGGAUUAUAUUUUUAAAUCUAAUUAUUCUAUAUAAAGGAAUAAUCCUAUUUUUCAGCAAAAAAACUUCUAAUAUUCUACUGAACGCGAUCAUUGAUUGUUUCAGGAUUGACUGUGUAUGAUGCGUGUCAAUUUAAUUUUUUUAAAGCUGUAUAACUGCAGAUUGUAUCAUAUUGUGAUUCUAUUCCACAACAUUCUAUUCUAGCGCGAUAUUCAUCACUAAAUUAUUUGUCCUAUUCAAGGCUUAUGGACAGCUAAUUUAGCGCUAAAUGUCUUGAGAUGAGUACGAGAGGAUGUAUUUAUGCUGGUAUUCAUAAUCGAUUCUUAUUUCGAGACCGUCAAUACAUUUCAUGUAUUGACCGGGCUAAUUUUGUGACUUUAUCAUCAUGUCACAUGGGUCAUCAUGCAGUGAUCCACAGUAUUUUUGUUUGCGUUUGAGUAACAUGCAUUUUAUAACGAUAAAAAAAAUUAUAAAAUUUUAUUCUAACAAAGA